AUCGCCACUUUCCAGAUAUAUGGUAUAUUAUACAGGAGUGACAUCACCGCUCUCCAUCACCACUCACCAGAUAUAAGUUAUAUUAUACAGGAGCAGGGGCGGACUGACAACUCAUGGGGCCCCCGGGCAAUAGGGGAUCAUGGGGCCCCUGUGUCCUUGCCCACACUCAAAAAAGCCUAUAAAAAAGGUACCAGGGGCAUCUCAUGGGGCCCCCUACUGACCCCGGGCCCUCGGGCAGUGCCCGAGUUCCCAAAUGGUCAGUCCACCCUGGUAGCCAGU